AUGUUCAAUGGGCGUAGCGGAGUGCAGAGAUGCGCCUGCUGCCUGCUGUUGUGUUUGGCGUGGAGCUGCCGAUUUUUGCACAGCAAGCUCGGCGACAAAGCCCCCUUGGCAUUUCAAGCUGUGAUCCUGGAUGCGACAUGUGAGCCAAGCGCCAAACGAAUUGCAAGCCGUCGCCGGCAAUUUCUGCAGCUGAUUGCCACAUCUCUGGCAAGUCCCGCCCUCGCUCGGGGUGCAUCCCCCCGGGAGCUGCUGCUUGCGCGCCUCCAGGAACGGGUGGACCUGGCUCGUUUAGAUGCUGCGGGAGCUCCUCUCACGCCGGUGGGCCUCGACCCUGCAACGGCCAAAGAGCUGAGGAGUCUCGCUGAGACGUUAGAAGCCAGCUUUUCCUCGCAAAGAAACAUCCUCCAGGAUCCGGGCAAACUGAAGCAGUUGAGCGGGAGGUGGCGAUUGCUUUUCUCCGAUGCUCCGGAGAUCACUGGAUUGGCGAACUUGCCAUUGGGCCUAGCGGUGGGCCCUGUCUACCAACCUAUUGAUGUAGCGUCCAAGACCUUCGAGAACCAGUCGCCCAUCGUCCAAAAGCUCGGUCUUGUGAAGGGCAACCUUCGUGUGGUUGGCACGUUUGCCGCGGCUCCUCCCCGCUCGGUGAAUGCCGCGGGCGUGGUGAACACGGCUGGGAACCGUAUUGACGUCAACUUCGAGCGCCUUGUGUUUUCAGUGGAUCGGCUAGCUGGCCUCUCCACAGGCUCCCUCCUGCAAAAAGUGGCCACACCCACACGCGCCGAGAACGAUCCCCAGCCGGCCAUUGUCGGGCAAGUUCUGGCCGGAGCAGUCUCCUUAGCCGGCGUUGCGUUGGCCGACUGGCCCACACCCAACUGGCAUGGCUGCGUGGAUCCCAAGGCCGUCGCCCUGCCCUACUGCAACACCCGCCUCUCCAUCAAGGAACGUUUGGACGACUUGAUGUCGCGCCUCGACCGGGACGACAAGAUCCGCCAGAUCACCCCGGACAGCAAGAUCGGAGGAACAUGCACCACCUUCACGACGGGCAAGGAGGAGAUUGGGCUUCCUCCCUGGCUUUGGCUGGUCGAAUCCAACACCGGCGUGGAUGCAGCAUGCCCGGCUGAAGGUCAUUGUGUGACAAAUUUCGCUGGGCCUAUGGGCAUGGCUGCAUCCUUCAACCAGUCCUCCUGGUUCCUCAAGGGUAAGGUCUUGGGCACAGAGCAACGUGCUCUCUCCAACUAUGGCGGCUCGCGCUUCGAACGGGAUCACAAGAAUCCAGUGUGCUUGACCGGCUUCGGCCCGAACAUCAACAUAGCGAGGGAUCCACGCUUCGGUCGCACUUCCGAGCUCGCGGGCGAAGAUCCACUCCUUAGCGGGACGUACGCCAUGAACAUGGUGAAGGGUAUGCAGGAAAAGGACAGUUCGGGCCACAAGAAGAUCGCGGCCUAUUUGAAGCAUUACACCGCCUACUCCACAGAGGCGAACCGGGGCCAUGAUACGUAUAACAUUUCUACGUUUGACUUCUUUGAAACCUACCUCGCCCAGUACAAGCUGGCUUUUACGGCGCAGCCCGCAGGCGUUAUGUGCUCCUACAAUGCUGAGAACGGACGCCCUUCCUGUGCCAACGACUUCAUCCUGAACAAGCAGCUGCGGAGCUGGAAGCCAGAUGCACAUGUCACCACCGACUGCGGUGCCGUGAACAACUUGAAGGGCCCGCCCGUGAACGCACCGGACGAUGCCCACGCAGCUGCGAUGGCGCUGAUGAAUGGAACUGACCUUGAGAUGGGCGACACCCUCUUCUCCUCCCUCUCCCAGGCCAUCGACAUGGGCCUCGCAACUGAAGCACGGCUGACGGAGGCCGUGCGGCGCUCUUUCCAAGUUCAGUUUGAAGUGGGGCGCUUCGAUCCGCCAAACAGCACAGAGUUUCAUCAGUACGGAGUGCAGGAUUUGAACAGCUCGCUACAUCAGCGGAUCUCAUACGAAGCCGCCCUCCAGAGCUUCGUCUUACUGAAAAAUGAUGGCGCUCUUCCCAUUCGCCCAAGGGCAUCAGUGGCAGUUCUGGGCCCUCAUUCCAUGAGCCGGAGCCAGCUUUUCUCGGACUAUGCCGCCGGGCACCACUGCUACGACGGCACGGAUGCAUGUGUGCCGUCGAUCACUGAGGGCCUGAGCAUGGCCAACCCGGAGGGUCAGACAGUUUCCAGCAAGGGCGUCGACAUCAACAGCACCAAGGAUGAAGGAAUCCCAGCCGCCCUUGACGCGGCUCGAAAGGCCGACGUGGUGGUUCUGGCCCUGGGUGAUGACAGGACGAUCGAGACGGAGGGAAAGGACCGGACGGACACGGCGCUCCCAGGUUUGCAAGAGAGCUUCGCGCAGAAGGUGCUGGCCCUCAACAAGCCGACCAUUCUUGUCCUGAUUUCUGGUGGUCCCAUGGCCAUUGACUCCCUAACCACUCGGGCAGCUGCUCCUUACGCCAUUGUGCAGGCCUUCUUCCCCAGCCACAAGGGUGCCCAAGCCCUUGGGGCCACUUUCUUUGGAAAGGAAAACCGCUGGGGCAAGCUGCCUGUUACCAUGUACCCACACAAGUACAUCUUUGAGCAGCCCAUGACCAACUACGACAUGUCCCGGGCGCCCGGGCGCACGUACAAGUACUACCAGGGCGCCGCGCUCUUCCCGUUUGGGCAUGGCCUGUCCCUGACCACCUUCGAGCUGCAGUGCGCCCAGCGGGCGCGAGGCGCGGAGCUGGCAAGCCUUGCCUUCCAUUGCAAGGUGAGCAACACUGGGAGCCUGGAUGGUGAUGAGGUUGUUCAAGUCUACCAUGCGGCCGUUGACAUCGGCAAGGUGGACCAUCCAGUGCCCAAGCGUGCCCUAAGAAGCUUCCAGCGUGUGCGCGUGCACGCUGGGAAAGUGGACAGCGUCUCCUUCGACUUCGACAGCUCCAUUCUGGAGGUGGUGAACAAGGAUGGUGAGCAGAAGCUGUAUCCGGGCAAACACACUCUCAUCUUCUCUCGAGGGGCUGUCGAGGAUGAGCAGGUCUUCCAGAUCACCGUGCCAGCCGCUGAAGAGCUGGUCAUUUGA